GAUUACGCAGCAAAAGCGUCACGCCCCCACCUUUCCGUGGUCCCCCUUCUCGUAUAUAUAAGCGGACGGCAGUAUUUAAGAUCUGUCGUCCGGGCUCGUUUCUUUCGGGUUGUGGAGAAGAAACGCGAUGAGCGCGAGCUGGGUUCGGGUUGUCUCGGCGCUGCGCGAAGAGCUCGUGUCGCACCACCGCCGCCGCCAGGCUCGCUCCUCCCGCUUCCCCUGCUGCUCUUGCCGCCGCCGUUCGUCGCGUGCCGGAUCGGGGAAUUGAUGCUGCGGGGGCGGGGACGUGCCGAAAGCCGAGGGGAGCACCGCGAAAGACACCGGCCCGUGCCCGUUUCGGACCACCUUCGAGCUUUCCGACUUCUUCUGUCAGGCUGUGGCCCAAUAAUUUCCAUGUAAUUGAACAGAAAAAAAUGGAGGUCGCUGCUUAUCAACCCUACAUCGAUCCCGACUACGAUUCCUUCAUCGAAAGGAUUUAUCCCACCAAGGUUUGCAUCGACAACGAGACCUGCCGAGACUGCACUCUUGUGAAGGUCGAUAGCGCGAACAAGCACGGGAUCCUGCUGGAGAUGGUCCAGGUCCUGACAGAUCUCGACCUUGUCAUCUCCAAGUCAUACAUCUCCUCGGACGGCGGGUGGUUCAUGGACGUGUUCCACGUGACGGACCAGCUCGGGAACAAGCUCGUCGACGAGAGCCUCAUUCAUUACAUUGAACAGGCUUUGUGUGCGACAAGGCGAGCGGGUCUCACCAAAGAAAUACAAGGAUCAUCGCAAAGGAAGCAUUUUGGACCUCGCCACAUGUCCUCCGAGCACACGGUGCUGGAGAUGACGGGGACGGACCGACCGGGCUUGCUCUCAGAAAUGUCGGCCGUCCUGGCCGAGCUGGCAUGCCACAUCGCCUCAGCCGUGGCAUGGACCCACCACGAUCGGGCUGCAUGCAUAUUCUAUGUGGAGGACGGGGUGAGGAGCGGACCCAUUACGGACCUGAGGCGCCUGGCCCAGAUAGAGGAGCAGCUGGAGAACGUGGUCGAGGCCCACCACGCCAAGGGGGAGAGGAGGAGCGUGAGGCUGACUGGCCCCAUGGCCGGGCAGACGCAUGCCGAGCGGCGGCUCCACCAGCUGAUGUUUGCCGACAUGGACUAUGAGCAGUGCCGCUGCUGCGGGCACAGCUGCUGCGGGGACGGCGGCAGCCGAGGGGAUAAGCAUAGGAAGGGGUGCGAGGGGGCCCACGUGUCAAUCGAGAGCUGGAAAGACAAAGGGUACUCGGUGGUGAACGUCCGGAGCAGGGACAGGCCGAAGCUGUUGUUCGACACCGUGUGCGUCCUGACGGACAUGCAGUAUGUUGUGUUCCAUGCUUCUGUUAGCUCGGAGGGCGCUUUGGCUAACCAGGAGUAUUUCAUAAGGCAUCGGGACGGCUGCACCCUGGAUUCUGAGACUGAGCAGCGCAAACUCACUCAAUGCCUUCUGGCCGCAGUCGAGCGCAGAGCGUCGCAUGGAUUGAGGUUAGAAGUGAGCACCCAAAACCCGGGCCUGCUCUCGGACGUGACCAGGGUGUUCCGCGAGAACGGCCUAUCAAUAAUGAGGGCCGACGUAGGGAUCCGUGGAGAGCGGGCCAUCGGUUCGUUCUACGUGACUGAAGCUUCCGGGAACGAUGUGAGCCUGAGCACGGUGGAACGGGUGAGGAAAGAGAUCGGGGGAUCAGUCCUGAUCGUGAACAAGUCCUCGGGAGCGAGUACUCCGCAGGGCCCAUUGUCGGCUCUGUCGGCAGGCCUUAUUGGCAGAAACGGGGACGAGAAGCCGAGGUUGUCGCUCGGAAGCCUUAUCUGGUCUCAGCUCGAGCGUUUCUCCAGCAAUUUCGGACCGAUAAAGUUAUGAUGCAAGGUAACGUUUGCCAUAGACGAGUGUGCUUGGACAUGUGUAUUGUAAAUAAGGCUAGUAAGCACCUUGUGACUUAGUCAACGUAGCGACGAGAGUAGCUUCCGUCUCCAGAUCUGUAAAAUGUUAAUGAAAUUAGUCUACUCCAGUUCAAGUUCUCC